AUGACCGCGGCCAACGGCCCUGACAGCUCCACGCUUGGCCACAUCCUGUGGAACUGGCUCUCAAACAGUACCGCCUCGACGAGCGACGACUCCGCCACGCAGAUUAAAUGCUACGCCUUUCCCUACGGCUUGCUUGGAUUCGUGGCCCACCUGGCCAUGUUCUACGGCAUCGCGCUCUCCUCCUUCAACAGGUGUCCGUACAACUAUCGCAAGCCGCUGCAGCAUUCAAGACGGGACUUGGCACUUGGCAUCAGCGGCCUUAUUAUCUCUUGUCUCUUGACCGCGGGCACCAUAAAGAGAUGCUCUGGGACCAAGUACUACCUGCUCAUCGCCUCUUCUAAGAUCCUCAUGACGUUUGCCUCCUCGGCCGUGGGGAUUCACAUCGCCUGGAACAUCCGGGGCAGAGGAAAGUUGGAAGAUGAUGACCAAUCACAGCUCCAAAUAACUCACCAUAACACUCUCCGAUGGCUCAUAAUAGAGGUCAUCGGGUCCAUCCUCGAAUUCACCGGCGUCAUCAUGCUCCUGAAGGAGAGCCACGGUGCAGUCGCCAAGAACAGAACACCGAUAAUGGUCAUAUCCCUAUUCCUCGCUGGAUUUAUAGGUAUAUUCCUCGGCAUCGGUAUCACAUGGCUCGAGGUGCGACAGCGCGCACAGAGGCGGAUGGAGUGGGAGAUCCGGAAGUUGCGGACCAAGUGCGCACCAGUGGAGGAGAGACUCGCACCUGAGCAGCCGCCAGGGAGGUCUCCGAACCGCCAAGACACACCGAACGGCGAGAGAGAAGCCGAGGACUCAACCGGCCCUGGCCCUCGUCAGGAUGACCGUCGUCGGUCCGGUCGACACGAUGCGGACCAAGACGCUCGGCGGGAAUCUCCGUCCCCAGUUGGCCGGGGGCGGGACAUUGAGGCGCAGGGACUGAUUGCGCCAGCUGGCAAGGACGAGCCGGACGAGCAACCGGAUUUAUAUCACUACCAGGAUGUUUUGAACUCUGCCAAGCAGUUCGUCGUGGUGGCCGGCGCGACUUUUGGCAUUUUUGUGACUCUGUAA